AUGUUGUGCACCAUUAAAAGGGUUGGUUUUCGACUAGUUUGGCAGAAAGCGAAAACCGACCACCGAAGUGGCAUCAUACGGAUUUUCAAGAACAGACCGCAGGUGGUUACGCACAUUUCGACUUGCUGUUUCAUCGUAGCGAAAGCCGUUGACUGGCACGUUGUUGUUGUUACUUCUCUCGGCACUGGCGACCUGGCACUCUACCAAGACACGGAAGAUUGUUCGCAUCAUGCCGUUUACUCAUGCUUGAAUAGGAUGCCGGAGCGAAUCCAUUUUGCGCAGAUGAAGCACUACGGAGUCGCGCAGUUGCGCUUGCGCGAUAUUACAUUGAUGAGGAUGAUCCAGAAAGAAUGA